AUGCAGAAGCUUAUUGUGAACAAAGGAUAUGAGAGCACCACGGAUAAGCAAUCCCCCAUCGGAUCAAGUGGAGUAGAGGAAAGUGGAGGAUUAAUAGAAUCCAUUUUUAAAAAUAUAACAAAAAAUGAAUAUUUCAGUGCUGGAGUUGGAAUAAUAUCAGUGGGGGCAUUCGUCACAGUAGCUAACAGAUUAAACAGUUACAUCUACCAAGCAGUGAGAAAAAACAUGUUUACAUCUUUAGAAAUCACAAUCAACGAUAAUGCAUAUUAUUGGAUUCUAGAAUACAUUGUUAAGAAAGGGAUUAUUAGUAGACAUCUGAGCUUAAAAACACAAAUGUUAAAUGAGAAAAAUAAAAAAAAUGUACUAUUCUCCUUCCUACCAAGUGUAGGGAAUCACCUACUCAUAUAUGAUAACAGAUUUAUUUUUAUUGAAAGAAAUCGAGAAAAAACCAUGACAUCUGAUAUAAAUAGAUCUGUACCAUUUGAAAAUAUAAAAUUAAGUACAUUUAUAUGGUCUAAAUAUAUUUUUGAAAAAAUAUUAACAGAUGCAAAAUUAUAUAUAGAAAAAAAAGAAGAAGGAAAAACGCUACUUUACAAAACUUUUGGACAUGAAUGGAGACCAUUUGGAACCCCUAAAAAUAAAAGACCAAUCAAUUCUGUAAUACUUCCACAACAUUUAAGUGAACAUAUAAUAAACGAUAUCGACACAUUUCUUAACUCAAGUAAAUGGUAUAUUGAAAAAGGAAUACCUUACAGAAGAUGUUACUUGUUGCAUGGACCCCCUGGGUGUGGUAAAAGUAGUCUCAUAACAGCUUUAGCAGGUUAUUUUGAUUUCAACAUAUGUACAAUUAAUAUUAAUGACAUAUAUUUAACAGAUGAUAGAUUCAUACAUCUACUAGCCACUGUACCUCCAAAAACUAUUCUCAUUUUGGAAGACAUUGAUUUCAUUUUUGUUCAUAGUUCAAACGAGAUAAGCUCAAAAAAUGAAUCUGCAUCAUCCCCUUCUAUCACUUCUUCAAUCAAUUCGAAUUCUUCAUUUGGUAGUAACAAUAUAAAAACCCUAGGAGUUUCAUAUAGUGGACUCCUAAAUGCCCUAGAUGGUAUCGUCGCAACUGAAGAAAGGAUUAUCUUUAUGACGACAAACAAUAUCAAUAAACUCCCAAGUACUCUUAUCAGACCAGGUAGAGUAGAUUUAAAAAUUCUCAUUCCAUAUGCAAAUACUUAUCAAUAUGAAAAAAUGUUUUUACGAUUUUUUCCCCAACAGGAAGAUUUGGCUCACCAAUUUUCUAAAAUAUUUCAAAACUUCCAUCUAAGUAUGGCAGAAAUUCAGUCAUUCUUUAUGUUUUCCAAACAUGAUCCUCAUAAGACCAUUCAAAAUGCGCAGCACUGGGUCCAGACCUACGCACACAAGGAUUCUCAAACGGGGGAUCCCUUUCGACCAUGA